AUGGGAAACGUACCUUUCGAAUUAGCACCACAAAACAAAUCAAUGCCAAAUUUCAUUAAAACUCAAUCUAUGGCAAAUACCGUAUAUCUCAUCAAACAUAAUCCUUCUCAAGGGAAAAAAUCACAUAUGUCAAUUAUCGUUGACCUAGCGGGUGAAUCAAAUGCAAAACAAAUACAAGGAUUAUUGCUUCACGCUCUUGUUGAUCGACCAGUACAAAGUGUAGUAGCAUUAACAAAAUUUGAGCAUUUAACACAUGUUGUCGAAAAAAAUGAAGUUGAGUAUCGUGUAAUUGGGCAAUUGGAAUCUAGUGCAUAUCUUGCUGAUGUUCAUAUGAUUCCAAAUGCAUUGAAAAAUCUACUUGUAAGUGACAAUCCAAUGAUUCCAGAUGUAUAUAAAAAUGUACUUGCAUCCCAAUUUUAUACAAACUUGUGUUCAACUCAUCGUGCUCCAAGUGAACGUGGUAAUAUAUAUUUAAUACCAUUAGGAGAAGCUGUUUAUCAUGAGCUGAUACAACGUAAUUCAGGAAUAAUAUGUUGGAGUAGUGUAGUAAAUUGUCAAAAAUAUGCUAG